AUGUUUAUGAGCUCAUUUGCUGGUGGAGAUAAAGAUGUUCAUUAUCAAGCUGUCAGUAACUGCCAGAAACAUGGUUACCUGAAGAGGAGAAAGUUAGAAAUUUUGUCAGCUUCACAAAUUUCACCUGAUUUUCAUGAAGUUGGAAUACUAUCGGGUUAUCGCAAGCCAUCAGCGUCUUUUACAUCAGGCGUUCUAUCUAUUUUCCAAUUGCACAACGAAACGAUGAAUAUUUGGACACAAAUAAUACCAACUGUUUAUUUUAUCAUCGAACUAAUCCUGAAUUUCUUUCACGUUGAUAUUUGA